AGAGUAAGUGAUAUGUGGUGGUGGUGCAAAGUGCAGACCCAGUCUCAGACUCUGGUUUGUGAAACUGUUGGCUCUCUUCUUUCUUUUUCUCUGUAUCUGCAACUAUGUCUUCCUUCAUUGUCAACCUCUCUAGGCUUCCUCUCUCGUUAUCUGUUGUUGCUUCAGCUUCAUCUUCAUCUUCCUCUAAAGAUGAGAAAACCAACUCCAAGUCAGUGAAACUGAGAGAGGACUGGAGGCAACGUUCCAGACCCAUUCCUCCUGGAGGCACCUAUCCUGCUAAAGACCACUGCAGUCGUUGUGGAUUAUGUGAUACAUAUUACAUUGCCCAUGUCAAGGAUGCGUGUGCUUUCUUGGGAGAUGGAAUGUCUCGAAUUGAAAGCUUGGAAUCCAAAGUUCAUGGCAGAGGGAGGAAGAUAAAUUCAUUAGAUGAGAUGUACUUUGGGGUCUAUGAUAAGCUGUUAUAUGCUCGUAAAGUUAAGCCUGUAGAAGGAGCUCAAUGGACUGGGAUAGUAACAACUAUAGCAAUUGAAAUGCUGAAAUCAGGCAUGGUUGAAGCUGUCAUCUGUGUACAGAGUGACCCAGAUGAUAGAUUUUCUCCAAGGCCUAUUUUAGCAAGGACACCAGAAGAAGUUCUAGCUGCUAAAGGUGUUAAGCCUACAUUGUCCCCUAAUCUGAAUACCCUUGCACUAAUUGAGGCAGCUGGUGUAAAACGUCUUCUUUUCUGUGGUGUGGGUUGCCAAGUGCAAGCAUUAAGAUCCGUGGAGCACCAUUUAAAUUUGGAAAAGCUCUAUGUAUUGGGCACAAACUGCGUGGAUAAUGGUACUCGAGAAGGGCUGGAUAAGUUUCUGAAGGCUGCAAGUAGUGAACCAGACACAGUUCUUCAUUAUGAGUUUAUGCAAGAUUACAAGGUUCACUUGAAGCAUUUGGAUGGUCAUAUUGAGGAGGUUCCUUAUUUCUGUCUACCAGCAAAUGAGUUAGUUGAUGUUAUUGCUCCAUCUUGCUAUAGCUGUUUUGACUACACGAAUGCUUUAGCGGAUAUGGUGGUUGGGUACAUGGGUGUGCCAAAAUAUUCUGGAAUCAGCAUGACACAACAUCCACAGUAUGUCACUGUAAGAAAUGAGCGUGGAAGAGAAAUGCUGAGUCUGGUAGAGAACUAUUUGGAGAUAACUCCAACAAUUAGUAGUGGUGAACGCCGACCGUUUGUUAUGGAGACAGUUAAGGCAGAUGAUAAUGCUAAGCUGGGUAAGGGACCUUCUCAGCCUGCUCCCAAGGUUAUUGGGAAUUUGAUAGCUUUUAUACUAAACUUGAUUGGACCGAAGGGUCUGGAAUUCGCUCGCUAUUCACUGGAUUACCAUACCAUCAGGAACUAUUUGCAUGUAAACCGCAUAUGGGGUAAACAAAGAGCGAAUAGACACAUGCCAUCAUAUGCAAAGAAGAUGGUGGAUAUGUACAACAAGAAUGGCAAAAUCGAUCAGUUACUUUCCAACAAGUAAUCGUCGUGGAUGGUAAAAAUGCGGGUGAUACCAGGAAAGCUUCCAUGAAUGUGGAAUUUUGUAUAUUUUCUUCUUCUUCUCUAGCUUCCACGAAAAAUAUCAUGACAAUGUAGUGUAUGAAGUGAGAAUUCUUGGUUGCCCGAUAUCAAAUGGAGAUCAAUGUUUUAUGACC